CAGCAGUCACACGAUAUCGAAUACCCUGCCCUUAUAUGCCUGGCAUAACUACGUGUAUAGCCGAACUCCUCUACAAAACCACUACCAACACGGACAAUGGACGAAGACGAUCGAGAAUACGGAAGCUCCGACAACGAGCAAGACGAGCUCAUGGAGGACGCUGAUGAUGCCGAGAACGACACCUACGGCGAAGACUUUAAUGAAGACGAAGAGGAAGAACAGGAAGACCAAGACGAGCCCGAUCGAGACCCAGAACCCGAACCGGAAGCAGAACCCUUCGACGAAUCCCAAGCACAAAACGCCCACGACCCAAAUGCCGCCGACCAAACCACGUCCCAGACAGCUAGACGCGUCUCUGCGACACCUUCAGGCUCAGGAUCAGGGGCAAAAUGGCGACCAACGAUAAGACCAGAGUACAUUACGGCUUCCACCUACGACAUCGUACCUACCAUGGCUGCCCCACAAGCCACCAGCAUCAAUGCCAUAGCCGUCACCCCCGACAUGCGCUACUGGUUGACGGGCGGAUCCGACGGCUACAUUCGAAAGUUUGACGGCAUAGCCACAAUCAAUGGCAAGCAACAACUCACCGUCGCCCAGAAGCAUCCGUUUGUUGACAGUGUUGUCAAGUCGGGAGUGCUCAUGAGCUAUUGGGACAACCAGGAGUGGACAGGACAGAACACUAGAGAUGACGAUAGGAUUCUGUCUCCGGUAUACAGUCUAGCGGUGCACCGUCAGGCCUUGUGGGCUCUGAGUGGUCUAGAAAGCGGUGGCAUCAACAUACAGAGCGUGAGGCACGACGAGGGAAAGAGAAUACACUGCCUGCGGACGAACGGGCACACCAAUGCCGUUAGCGUGUUACAACUGGCACCUGAUGAGAAGAGUGUGCUGAGUGGAAGUUGGGACAAGACGGUGCUGGACUGGGACCUCAACGAUGGCUCGGUUAUACGGCGGUUCGAGGGCAGCGGUGGACAAAUAUCGGCCAUUGAGUUACGACCGACCUCGGGUGCCCCGAUCCCAGCCGAAGCGAGCGAUCCCGAGAUUAUCACGGACACUUUCGAGAGUAACAACUCGAAGCCAGUUUUGAACGGCUUUUUCUCUAAUGGCGCGCAUGGCGAUAUGGAUACGACAGGGCAAUCCAAUGCGAACGACGGCGCCGUGAAUGAUGUCCCGUCACCAGAACAUGAGUCGCUGUUCGGUAGUCCUGCAGGGUCACUCUUCGGGGACAACGAAACAAUAGGCGGUGGGAAUGCCUUUGGGGACGAUGACGACGACAAUGAGUUUUCCAGAGCUAUGGGCAUGGAACUCGAGGAGGAACAGAAAAACCAAGGGCACACCGACGAUUUCCCAAUGGGGGAUACCGACACAAUAAUGGACACGAACGCUGCUCAGGGACCCGGGCUCGAUGCCGUCGAGCCAGCCGAGAACGGGACCAUCAACAUGGACACAUUCAACGGCGACUCUAAUGACACUAUGUCAGACUUCGGACACCAACCAGCCGCGAACCCCGAGCAACAAACCCAGCAACAACAGGAACAACAACCACCACGAGACCAGAACCCCAUCCCCCCAACUGACCACGAACCUAUCCCCUUCGAGCCCAUCGCCCCAGCCUCCCCCAGCAUGGUUGUCAACACAGCCCCUCCUCCCGCCCCGCAAAACGACGACACCCAAACGGCCCCCAACAUCUUCAUGGCCGCCUCCAUUGACGGCACCAUCCGCAUCUGGGACCGACGGGUCCCCGACCCCGUCGCCCGUAUCGGCAACCGGCGCGGCGUCCCGCCCUGGUGCAUGGGCGCCUGCUGGUCCGUCGAUGGCAACUGGAUAUAUGCCGGCCGACGCAACGGCACGGUCGAAGAAUUCAGUAUUCACAAGGCGCGCGGCGGAUGGCAGCCCGAGCGCACUCUGAAAUUUCCCAACGGCAGCGGAGCCGUCAGUUGCGUGCGGCCCAUGGCCAACGGGCGACAUAUUAUUUGCGCGUCGCACGACAUUUUGCGGCUGUGGGACUUGCAGGGCGAGACGCAAGCGACGAAGCAUUCCAAAGUGCCUUUUGUGGUUGUCCCCGGUCCCCCUAAGGCGGGCGUCAUUUCAAGUCUGUAUAUCGAUCCCACGAGCAGGAUCAUGAUCUCGGCGGCGGGGACCAGGGGGUGGGAUGGUACGUCGACGGAGGUGUUGAUUGGGUACGAGAUUUCACCGGUGAACUAAGAGGACAACGACGAGUGUCGCGAGAAGGAAACUUGGCAGGAAAGAUCACAAAGGAAGUUGGAAAACGCUGUGGUAUUGGGUUGUCUUCUUUUCUUCGGUCCUUUCAUUAUUAUCGCCUUCUCCUAAUUUGCCGGACAUCCAUUCUUUCUACUACGUUUUGCUUUUUGACUUCGCUGUGGAGGGUUCAAGU